AUGUCAAAGUACUUUCCACCAAGCGGCUCUCGAACGAAGAGAAGCAGGCCAAGAAUCGCCUCUUCGUCAAGCGCUGCUACUACAAAAAACGCGAGGCACUUAAGAACCUGCGUCGAGGAAGUGGCCCAGCUUGAGAGCGAGUUCGCCUUUGUACUCCAGCGCUGGCAGCGACAGAACGAAAAGUCAGCCGAAGCCUUCCGCGACGGCAAGCGCUGCAUCACACCGCAAGACUUGUACGCUGAGCUCACGACUGUGCGUAGCUCGCUUGUCGAAGAGCAGCAACAACUGAACCUGCGCAUUGCGGAUCGCCAUCUUUUCCGCCAGCGUCUACAACAGCUCUACGAGCCUACGCGCUGA